UAUAUACUCAUUUCCAAUCAUAUCAUCUGGACCAAGUCUCUCAAUUUUUUUUAACCAUCUUAUUCUGUAGAGCACAUAGCAUUCAUGGAUCCCAUCAACCAUUCUCUUCUUCCUCGUCUUGUAUGCCCUGUCGUACGAACCGAAAACCUAAAAAGCCAACGUUGUCAGUUUGGUAGGGCAGGUCCCAAAGUCGAUAGUUCUUAUUAUAUUUUUAAUGACAAUUGACAAAGAUGGCGAGUCUUCACAUUCUCACCAUCUUCUCCCUCUUAUUGGGUGCAACAAUAGAGAAACUGUAACAAACAUACAAUUAUCUGAGGAAGAAGAAGCACAAUGUGGGGCUUGUCGAAAUAGUGCAAGCGGCACAACCUACUACUUUUGUACUAAAUGUGACAAAUGGUACCACAAAGAAUGUGUCGAGUCCCCCACUGUGUUCAAAUCUUCUUAUCAUCCUAAACAUUCUCUCUAACUUCACAUAUACUUAAAAGGAUUAUUACAUGGUGCUGGAAUGUGUAUCCCAUUUCGCAACAUGUGGAUCCUUAUUUUAUCAUUGCUCUAUUUGUAAUUUUACUUUGGAUCCGGUUUGUGCGACAAAACCAACAUUUAUAAACCAUCCAAAAAGACAUGAGCAUACACUAUACUACUUUACCAGAAAAUCCAAGUUAAUGUGUGUUGUUUGUGGGGAGGAUUACAAGUAUUUCAUCUUUGUAUGUCUUCAUUGCGAUUUCAUUGUUCAUAAAAAGUGCAUCUACUUACCUCAAGUCAUAAAAAUAUCUCUUCACAAACACCGUCUUUCUUUUGCUUCUUCUCUUUCGUUUAGAGAAUGGGCUUGCGGAGUUUGUCGCAAAGAUAUUGACACAAAGUAUGGGGCAUAUACUUGCAUGACAAAGGGCUGCAUUUAUGGUGUGCAUACUAAUUGUGCCACAAGUCGCACAAGAGGAAUAAUAUGGGACAUAAAGGAGCUUGAAGGAGAACCCGAAGAAGACGAUGAGAAUAUUAAGCCGCCAUUUGAGGAAAUACGUGAUGGUAUUAUACUACAUUUUAGUCAUCCAAAACAUCUCAUGCGACUUGACGAAGAUGUAAAAAGAUGGUGCGGUGAAGAAAAAUAUUGUCAAGCCUGCAUACUUCCUCUAUAUGAUGGUAAAUCAUAUACAUGCGUCAAAUGUGAUUAUGUUUUCCAUGAAGCAUGUGCAUAUCUUCCUCGUGUGAAACAACAUGCCUUACAUGCCCAUUUACUUACUCUGGAACCAAGUUUUACCCAAAUCAAACAAUGUCAGUAUUGCAAUGUUAAAUCAUGCGGUUUCAAAUAUGUGUGUUACAAUGUUGAUGGUAACAAGUUCAGUUUAGACGUACGAUGUGCUUCUAUAUCUGAGCCGUACGAUCAUCAUUUGCAUAUGCAUCCCUUGUUAUUUAACUCAUCAACAGAUACAUGUUCGAUUUGUGGUAAUCUAAGAGAAACGUUAACGUGCGAUCGUUGCGGCUUUCUCUUGUGUUUUCGUUGCGCGGGGUUUCCAUAUAAGGUGAGAUACUUGAACGAUGAACAUUUACUCACUUUUUCAUAUAGAGGAUUCAGUUAUGUAGACUACAUGUCCUCGUCCGAUAUUUCUGAGGGUUCAUAUGAAGAAGAUGCAAAGGGAGACUUCUCGUGUGAUCUUUGUGAGGAAGAAAUAAUUCUAAGAGGAGAUUCAAGAAGCGGAUUCUAUAGAUGCGAAAAAUGUGAAGUCGCACUCCAUGUUAAAUGCUGCUUUGGGGAGGAUUUAUAUAUGAAUCCUGGUUCAAGAGUUACGGUACAAGGAGAGGAGUUCAAUAUUGUUAAAAACAGUGCUUUCACUCGACCCAUCUGCAUGGGAUGCCAAGGACGUUGCAAAUAUAAAAUGAUGUUUAUAGCAGUACUUCUGGAGAUAUAUAUUGUUCAAUCAAACACAUUUAUAAUGAGUCCAAGAAGAAGAAGAAGCUUUGAUUUAGAUAUGUGCAGUGCAAGUGAGUAGAUCAAAUAAAUAGGAAAGUACUCCUACUCUCAUUUACUUGUAAUAAAAGGAAAUUGUUUGGCUUUGUAGAAAUAUGUUAAGAUUAACUUAAAUAAAUCUAUAAAUAAUUUGGCACGUGAGGCAAAGAUAAAAAACAGAAAUGUUUGGGUCUUCAUAGAAAUUUCUUAUUCUGAAAGCAGUUCUUCAACGUUUAACC